UCUCAGGCGAAGAACGGCGAGGAAGCCAGGAGAAAAGCCGGGGCUGUUUGCAUGGCCUCUUAGAUGCAGCGAGCAUGGCGCCAAACUGAAAGUCUGUUUCGCCAUUAAUGGCCCAGCACCUCCCUUACUGGAACCCGUAGAUACAGAUGCACAAGAGAUCGAGCCCAGGGAUACGUAAUAUAUCAUCAGCAAGGGGCUAGGAUGCCAUUAGAUUGAUAGAAAGAGAUAGACUGAUACUACAGAAGAGAAAAAGGAGGAGCUAGCGAGAAAGAGAGAGAGAGAGAGAGAGAUCGAAGGAGGAAAGGAAGAGCACUAGAACACAACAACUAGUCAGUGGUUUGUUAGUAUUAGAUAGCUAGGCUCCAAGGGCCACCACAAAUGACUAGCGUCCUAGAAAGAUUGGGUCAUGGGGUGGUUCGCUAGUGUGGAGGGAUAGAGGUGUUGCUUGGCCGCUAGCCCUCCCUCCCCCCCGGCCCGGUCCCUAGAGUCAAACCGUAUUUCUAGGUCUCUGGCAGCCGGCUCGGCGAUAUAUACACGUACUACACCGCCUGUGCGCGUAUGCUGUGUCGGCGUGCGCCUGCGCCCGCAACAGCCUGUGCUUGCAGCUAGCGAUCCGUCCGUCGACCGGCCGGUGCAUGGUGAGCGGCGGCAGCACCAAGGAGCAGCAGCACGAGAUGAACAUCUCCUUCGGGAUGAUGAACCAGCACCAUCAGCCUCCGUCCUCCUCCUCUUCCUCGUCCAUGCAUGCGGCCGCCGCGAGCUUCAUGAGCGGCAAGGAGGCGUCAGGGGCGUAUGACCAUCUGGGCGAGCUGGACCAGGCGCUGUUCAUGUACCUGGAUCACGGCAGCAGCCAUGGCGGCGGCGCCACGCAGCAAGAGCGAAGGCAGACACUCAACAUCUUCCCUUCCCAGCCCAUGCAUGUGGAGCCGUCGCCGAAGGGGGAGAUUAGUUUAGUCCUGUCCCCGGCGCCGGUGGGAUCCAAGCAGCCUAGGUCACCGGACCAUCACCAUCACCAGCAGGCGGCCAUGGAGGAGUUGGCGGGGAGCAGGAGGCAGCAGGAGCACCUCCACCUGCAGCACCACCAACCCUUUGCUGCCGCUGCUGAGCCAGCAGCACCCGGGAUGAUCAAAGAUGUCAAGCCACUGGCCAAGAAGGAUCACAGGAGAGGCACAUCGACCGCUGAACGCGACCCAAAAACGCUGAGAAGGCUGGCCCAGAACAGGGAGGCUGCAAGGAAAAGCAGGCUAAGGAAGAAGGCUUACAUCCAGCAACUCGAGUCCAGCAGGAUCAGACUAGCUCAGCUCGAACAAGAACUGCACACUGCAAGAGCUCAGGGAGUUUUCUUCCCCAACAGUGGCAUCCUCGCUGACCAAGGUGUCGCCGGCAAAGGCGUCCCCAUCGGCGGCAUCGACGGCCUCAGCUCAGAGGCGGCGAUGUUCGACGUGGAGUACGGGCGGUGGCAGGAGGAGCACUACCGGCUGAUGUACGAGCUUCGGGCGGCGCUGCAGCAGCACCUGCCGGAGGGGGAGCUGCAGAUGUACGUGGAGAGCUGCCUGGCUCACCACGACGAGAUGGUGGGCAUCAAAGAGGGCGCCAUCAAGGGCGACGUCUUCCACCUCAUCUCCGGCGUCUGGCGGAGCCCCGCCGAGCGCUGCUUCCUCUGGCUCGGCGGCUUCCGCCCCUCCGAAGUCAUCAAGAUGCUGCUGAGCCACGUAGAGCCCCUGACCGAACAGCAGAUCGUGGGCGUGUACGGGCUGCAGCAGUCGGCGCUGGAGACGGAGGAAGCGCUGAGCCAGGGCCUGGAGGCGCUCUACCAGUCGCUGUCUGACACCGUGGUCUCCGACGCGCUCAGCUGCCCCUCGAACGUCUCCAACUACAUGGGUCAGAUGGCCGUCGCCAUGAACAAGCUCUCCACGCUCGAGGGCUUCGUCAGACAAGCUGAGAACCUUCGGCAGCAGACGCUGCACCGGCUGCACCAGGUCCUGACGACGCGGCAGAUGGCGCGGUCGCUGCUGGCCGUGUCGGACUACUUCCACCGCCUCCGCACGCUGAGCUCGCUCUGGGUCACACGCCCCAGGGCACCGCAGGAGCAAUAAUAGGUCCACAGCUGGUGACGGCGGCGCUGAUGAAUGGCGUGAUCGCCGGCCGCCGCAUACAACGGCACACGCGCAUGUGUCCAUUCAUGCAUAUAUGAGUCGUGCAUGGGCGCAUGCAUGGUGUGUCGUUCGUCAUCAAGAACAGAGCUUGCAGGUAGAGCCAGUUAGGGCCGGCCGGGGGAGAGAGAGCUAGUGAGGACGAGAAACCAACCAAAGGAUAAUGUUAAUCUUGGCGACGAUUGUCGUGUUGGUUGCUUUGUAGCUAUAGCUAGGUGUACUUGAUCGUUCGAUCGCGAUCUAUCGAUCGAUCGGCUGCUGCUGUAGUCGAUGCGGUGGAGUGAUGAUGUUGUUCUAAGUUAUUAGUUAUCUCUCAUGAUCACCGGACGCAUAUGCUUCGUAGUCGUUUAAUUUGGAGACGUGUGUGGGGUUUUAGGCAACCGUCAUAAAUCUUUGAUAGCAUGUAACACAUGCUAAUAUAAGCUUGCUUUGAUGGUA